GGCAGGGCAGGAGCGGGAGAACGAAGCAGGAGCUGCCUCAAAUGCUUGAAAUAAUUCCGCUUCCGUUCAGAGCCGGGAGCAGCCUCCCACGGCAUCGGGGCCUCGGACCCGUCUCCUUCAUCCCCCAGCGCCGGCCCGGCCGUCAUGGCAACUUCCCCCCAGAAGUCCCCUUCUUCCCCUAAGUCCCCCACCCCGAAAUCGCCCCCGUCCCGAAAGAAAGAUGACUCCUUCCUGGGCAAGCUCGGCGGCACGCUGGCGAGGAGGAAAAAAGCUAAAGAAGUAUCUGAAUUACAGGAGGAAGGAAUAAAUGCCAUUAACUUACCUCUCAGUCCGAUUCCAUUCGAACUAGACCCUGAGGACACUAUGCUAGAGGAAAAUGAAGUCCGAACAAUGGUUGAUCCAAAUUCAAGAAAUGACCCAAAAUUACAAGAACUAAUGAAGGUAUUAAUUGACUGGAUUAAUGAUGUGUUGGUAGGAGAGAGGAUUAUUGUGAAAGACUUGGCUGAAGACCUGUAUGAUGGACAAGUAUUGCAGAAAUUAUUUGAGAAACUUGAAAGUGAGAAGUUGAAUGUUGCUGAAGUUACUCAAUCUGAAAUUGCUCAGAAACAGAAGCUACAGACAGUGCUUGAGAAGAUCAAUGAAACCCUUAAACUCCCGCCAAGAAGCAUUAAGUGGAACGUUGACUCUGUUCAUGCUAAAAGUCUUGUAGCAAUACUUCAUCUUCUGGUUGCAUUAUCACAGUAUUUUCGAGCACCAAUCAGACUCCCAGAUCAUGUGUCCAUUCAGGUUGUUGUUGUGCAGAAAAGAGAAGGAAUCCUCCAGUCUCGUCAAAUCCAAGAGGAAAUAACCGGUAACACUGAGGCAUUUUCAGGAAGGCACGAAAGAGAUGCAUUUGACACUUUAUUUGACCAUGCUCCAGACAAGCUCAAUGUAGUAAAAAAGACUCUCAUCACAUUUGUGAACAAGCAUCUCAAUAAAUUGAAUUUGGAGGUCACUGAACUGGAGACCCAGUUUGCAGAUGGUGUGUAUUUAGUCCUGCUAAUGGGUCUCCUAGAAGGCUAUUUUGUUCCUCUCCACAGCUUUUUCUUGACUCCUGAUAGUUUUGAACAAAAGGUCCUCAAUGUAUCCUUUGCAUUUGAGCUAAUGCAAGAUAGUGGAUUGGAAAAACCAAAGCCAAGACCAGAAGAUAUUGUAAAUUGUGACUUGAAAUCUACACUAAGAGUACUAUACAACUUGUUUACCAAAUACAGGAACGUGGAGUGAAGAAUUAAUUUGGGACGUCUUAACAAAGAAAGCAUCAUAACUAGCGUAUUUUUCAUCAGUAUUCCUCUGCAUCUUUGUCCUAAAAGGAGCUAAACCGUUUAUCUGAAGAAUCUUUAAUUGACUAUUCACACACAUCUAUUUUCAUAGAAGGUUUAAAGCUAAGGCUAUGUAACACUAAUACAAAUUAUGAAAAAAAAAAAAAAGUUUCAAGGAAGGUACUUGGUUAUCUUCUCAGAGAAUCCAUGUCUCAAUAAUAACUGCAUCAUCACACUGUUUUGUAAUAGGUGGAACAGCAAUGAAAAAAGAUUUAGUAACUUUAGUUCAAGUUAGACUUUGAAGUCAAACAUAGGAACUUUCUGUAUGAAGCAUCUAUUUUAACAUUUUUAUGUGUAUCUUUUCUAAUCUGGGGAGGGGAAGAAUAUUUGCUGUCCAUGGUAAGAUGGUUGCAUUCUAAUUAUGAGAAAUAUGCAUGGGGAGAAACAGUUAAAUACUGUUCACAUCACAGCUAAAUAGAACAGACUUAUUCAAGCACUUAAUCUGAUUAAUUUAUUUAGUUAGGUUUGAAUUUUAUGGGUACAAACUGAUGUUGCUACUUAUUCUUUCAGUCUUACUAUAAUGUGAUACUCUGCUUUAACUAUGUAUUAUUGAACAUUCCACGAAAUACACUUUGCAGCUUGUUCACUCAAUUUUGUUCAAGGAAUAUAUCUUUCUCGUCCUCUCUUUUUUUUUUUCCUAAAGUACACAUUUCAGGAUAGCACACCUGUAUAAUAGUUUCCCCAUAUUAUUUGUAUUAGCAUAGUAUUAGAAAGUAAAAGAAUGGCUUGUUUUUCUUUUAGUUGUUGGAACACAGGAUUCCCAGGUUUUAAAUUUAAAUUUAUUGCUAAAUAAGAUUUAGAAUCUGUUCCUUUGAUUGAAAUUAUGUUUAAUGUAUUUUGCUGCAUGAUGUCCAACAUAAAGAAUAAUAUAUAUUUUCCAGAAACAUUCCUGUAGCCUUUCAGAUACAAAAGCACUGUUUUUAGGUCAAAACUACUCCCGUCUGCAAAGAUUCUGUUACAGUGUAAGAUUCUUUGGUCAUUUUAUAUGGCUAUAAAGAAUAUUUUUUUCUAAUCAUGACCAAACGUAAGCUGUUACCUGUUUGGUUUUAAUUUUAUUUUUAUUUUUAACAGACAUAAAAGAGAAAUGGGAAUUGAUUCUUCCCUUAGACUGCUGUCAAGCACCAGUUAUGUUUCCAUAAAGAAUCUGUAGAGACUGCCUGGCAUGAGUACCAAUCAUUAAAAACUGCACUGGUACAAGCUGAAGAGUAAAUUAAUCAUUUGUUAGAAGUCUUGAUGUUAGUUUUAGAUACCUUUCUAAUAGAAGUGUUUCAGUGCAAUCACAGAUUCUUGGAAUCCUGGGUUACACAGUAAGGAAAAAAAUCCUUAGGCAGAAGUUAUUGGCCUACUGUUUAGAAGUCUUUGGACUGCUUAGUGUAGGAGAGAGACUUUUGAAUAGUCAUCCAAUUAUGGCAAAACUGGUAUAGGUGAAAGGGAAAGGAAGUCUGUCAGUCAGCUCUUAACACUGUUGGUCUGAAGAAAUGUAGUGCUGGUAAGAACAGUACAUAACAGCUGUAUGCUACUUAUUAUACAAAGCAUAACAUAUUUUUCAGUUUUUAGGGCUUCUAUUUUUAAUUAGUGCUUUCCAGUGCAACAUUAGCAUAAAGGGAAAAGAAGCAAUUGCAUUUGUCUUCGGUGAACAUCAACUAUCUUAAAUAUCAAGAUGAUAUUGACUUCUGCUGGGGGGCUACAGAAAUUAUUCUGUAAUAAAUAAAUCUCAAUAAGGAAAUACCAACUUUUGCAAAGAAAAUUCAUUAUUUAAUUCAAAGGAUAAUAUCCGGAUAUUCUCUGAACUCAGAAGUUGAUUUGUUACUGUCACAUAUGUUCUAAAUAUUUUCAUUAAAAUGUUUGUUUACCUCUAUGUUUUUUUAACUGUGUUUCUGAAGUUAGAGGUACAGAAAAUAAUGAUUAUUUGCCUUUUACCAUCGGUAAAUAACUGGACCUUUGUCAAAAUGAACGUUUGAGUUAUAUCUUCAAUAUUACUGAUCUUUCUGAGAAGCUGCACAAUAGGAAUUAACCAAACAUUUUUUGAGCAAAACAAGAUGGAGCUUCUCAUGUAUACCAGCAGCAAUUUCAGCUUAUUUCAAUGUCUGACAUGUAAGUUUUCCAUUUGCAGACUUAGAUUAUGGUAAUUGUAGUAGUUCAUUAACAAAUGUGUGAUUUUUUUUUUCUGCAAAUCCUGCUCAGCUGAAACGCUCUUUAAAGUCUUAGCAAUGCCAAAAUAUUUUGAUUGUCCUUGUUUUCAGGAGUGCACUUUGUUUAAAGAGAAGAUUUAUGUAUGCAAAAGAAAAAAGUUAGGAACAGUGAAACUGUUUUCCACUUGGACUUGAAAACAUGUAUUUCUGUGUUAUAUUGGUGUAACAGUAUUGGAGAUUUUGAAGUCUCUUAGAUUCAAUUUUCCACCUGUAAAAAACAUAAAACUGACACAGAAUUGUGAAAUCCUCAUGCUGAAAUGCAAUUAUGCAGAACCAUGGAAACAUUUAAACAACAUCCAACCUCUACACAAAGAUCUGUCCUAUGUUAAGAAUUUCUGUAAAUUAUAAGUGCUAUAUAAUCAAGAGUGCCCUAUGUAAAUAUAGGCCCAUGUGAUAAUUUUAACACAUUCACACAAAUAGUGUAUGCUGCCAGGUAGGAGUGGCUCACUGCUUAUAUUUUGACAGUAUAGAUUUAAAUAGCUAUAAAAUAAAUAUAAAAUCUAAUAUACAGAUUAUAUCUAAUAUUUAUUACUUUGAUACAGAAUAUUAUAGAAAUAUAGAAUACUACUGUAGGUAGUUGGCUCUUCAGCAAUCAGUGUAGGCCAGCACCUUCCUGCAGGGAACUAAAACAUUACAUUAGUUGGCCAAAUUCUGCUCACACAUAUGAUGCUUGGUAUUCUCGUUACACAGUAUAUAUAUGUCAAUGUACAAAUGACUACAGAAUUGCUUUCACAAUUUAUGUUAGGAUAGAAGGUGUUUAAGUUUUAGGUCAGUCCUGGUCUUAUUUAUAAUGACUUUAAAUGCUUAAAUAGAUCCAAAUCAAUGGAUUUAGCCCAUGUAAGAUAUCAACAGUCACCUGGAGAAGCCUGUUUCUCUGACUCCAGAGGGAGCCUCUGAUCUUGAGGGUGCUAUCUCAGCACUUUGGGUUGCCUUAAGAUCUCAUGGUGGUAUCUGGGUCUCAUGCACCUAGCCAUUGUGUCUGUAGUGUCCUGUCAUCUGAAGGCCCACAGGUUGCUGAGACCCUUGAAAACCAAGAAGUUGUUAGCCUUAUGUGAGGAACGGAAAGACAGUAAACAUUUCUGUUCAUGGGGCAUUAUGGAACUGCAAAAAGAACAUUUUUCUGUGCUUCCCUUACUUCUAAUCCAUCUAUUUGCCAUUGCAGUAGUAUGGUAGCCAGGUUUAUUUUGUGUUUAGAGACAGGCAACAUCUCCCUAUUGAUGGAUUCUUUUAUGCUCUGUCAACCACACAGAAAUUAGUUUUUCAAAGAGAAGCUACAGAUUCUUAAAGUAUAUCAAAAAGAUGUCAAAAUCUUAAGAUCAGCUCCUUCCAUGUUUCUUUCUAAGCUGACUGGCUUUUAUGUGCCAUAAAGAACAGGCCUUAGAAGAAGGUAUCAAAGAAAUCUUUGCAUGAUUUUAACUGAGACACACACAUCAGGCCCAAUUGUAGUCCUCUGUGUUUCUGAUGAAGUAUUGACUCGCUGAGUCUCCUACUAAAUGAGCUGACUGCAGGAUAUGUAGUUCUUCACAUCUCUUAGUCAGUAGAUAUUUCCCUAUUACAGGGGGAGCAGAAGCCCUUGCAGCUACAUAGUUCAGGACCAGCAAGUGCUGGAAAAGGUCCUCAUCUGUUUCUGUUGACAGUACUUGUUGGCACAUAAAUCAGUGCCAUUAGAUGAACAGAGCAUUUGGUCCUUUCUCUUUUUACAGAGGGUUACAGUAUUUGAGAAUGUUUUGCAUUCAGGCAAACUGCAUUGAUUGACAUAAAUGAUAUCUGGUUAACCUUUUUCCUUACUCAUUUUCAUGAAGUAUGUUUUAAAAUUCCUAUCUUAGUUUAAUUUUGCAGAUACCUUACUGCAAUUUACGAUAGUAUAAAACAGAAUGGCUUAUAGAAGUGAUGGGUUUCAUUUCAUUAGAGAAAAAUAUCUACGAUAUUUAAUGUACUAUAUACUAGCUUUAGGUCUAGUUUCAUUUGCUCUUGUCUUCCCAGCAUAACAGCCACCAUCCAUGGCCUGUGUGUAUGCCAAACACCCAAAAAGAGGACAGUGCCUUGAAAGACCUCUUGCAGGAUUUUCUGUACUGUUACCUUUGCCAUUUUACUAUGAGAAUGAAUGUGGAUUUUCUCUUUGAAGUACAAGUAAGGGCAGAAUAAAUCCAUUGUAAGAAGUUAUAAUUUGUUUUAAGUAUGAUUUUUAUUGUAUCAGAGGAAAAAUUGAGAUAGUAGCGUGAAAAUUCAAAAAAAAUCUGCAUACCUCAACAACCACAGAUAUUCCAAAGAUUUUUUUGAGUCAUUUGACAUUUACUAGGGCUAAUGUUAUGUAUUUUGACAAUAUUUUCUGUCUGCCUAUUUCUUUGAGUAAUAAUGAUUUAUUUUUUUCUGUUUAAUAGUUUAGUGCUACACAGCAGCAGUUAGUGUCAUUUAAAUACUUGCUUCCAAAUCUUAAGAUCAAAUUCAAGAAAAAAAAAUAUUUGCAAAAUUCACUUCUUAAGUUGUGUAUCUGAAAAUAAUGCUUAGUUUAAAUUAAGCUGUGUUGUUUUCAACUACAGUGUUAGUAGCUUUCACAGAAUCUCUUUUAUGUACUCUGUAAGUGACACUCCACUGCUGAUUUUUCCUGUGUUUUUUCUUCUGAAACUUUUGUUAUGAUCCACAAUAAAAUUUGCACCUGAAAUUCAA